AUGAGUAACGUCAUCCAAUCCCAAAAGACCGCUUUGAUCACUGGCGCUGCGUCAGGCGUUGGUUUUGCUAUUGCCAAGCUCUGUCGGAGCAAGGGGAUGCACUUGGCUCUCCUCGACAUCGACAAUGACAAUUUGAUCAAAGCAAAAGAUAUCCUAAGGGAUCUGGAUCCCAGACUUCAAACCGAAGCCUAUGUGUUAGAUGUCGCCGAUCGCGUCGCGUGGAAAGAGAUCGCGGGGCAGAUUGGGGCAAGUUUUGCGGAUAUUGACCUGGUCGUGUUGAAUGCGGGCAAAGGAUAUAAGCCACAAACGGCCGAUAAAGGUCGAAUGAACGCUUGGUUAGAUCAGGAAUAUUGGACAAAGACCUUUGACACGAAUGUCUUUGGUCCCUUGAAUGGACUGGACGCUAUUCUCCCACUCCUUCUAUCCUCAGAGUCUAAAGCAGCCAAGUCCAUCGUAGUCACUGGCUCAAAGCAAGGUAUUACCAAUCCUCCCGGGAGCAAUCCCGCCUACAAUGCUUCGAAGGCCGCGAUCAAAAGUUUGACUGAGCACCUUGCACACGAUCUCCGCUCCGACCCGUCCACCGCACACAUCUCCGUUCACCUACUCAUCCCUGGCUGGACAUGGACAGGUCUAAUGGGCAAUGUGGGCCCAACCAGUGAGUCAGAUGUGAAGAAGCCAGUCGGAGCCUGGUAUCCGAGCCAGGUAGCCGAGGAAUUGUGGACUGGUCUAGAAAAGGGAUCAUUUUACAUCAUCUGCCCUGAUGGAGAGACCGACCGUGCUCUUGAUCAAGCACGAAUGAAAUGGGGAAGUGCAGAUGUAUACGAAGAGCGACCUGCUCUAUCUCGCUGGGAGGAGGGCUGGAAGGGCCGUGCCGACCAGGCUAUCCAGGCCGAUGCAAAGGUUCGCAGAGGUUGA